AUGGGAAGGGGGUCUCUCUGUUGUGUUGACCUCCCCAUCCCCAUCCCCAUCCUUCUCUGCCUUCCUCUUUCCCUUUAAGGAGGAAGAAGGCAGGGCGCUGCAAGGACAUCCUCCUCCUCCCCCUUCCUCACUUCUGGAAGGAGGAGAAGGAGGAGGAAGCUGAAGUUUUGUGUUUUCCCCCAUCCCAUUUGCCAGGAAACUUCUCUACUUGGGGCCAUCAAGUCCUGAAGUUCUGGAGGAGUACACCUGGGUGCAGGACGGGACGUCCAACUUGGCUUUCCCCAUGCUUCUUCUAUUCCAGAUUCCAAAAAAAGUCCUUCUUGGCUUUGGAAAGAGGGAGGUGACGCCUGCCCGCCCGCCUCCCUUCCUCCCUUCCUUCCUUCCUUUCUUUCUGCCUCCGAGCAGGAGAUGAAUCUCCAAAGGCUUGCCUGGAAUGGUAAACAGAGAAAGCGAGAGCAUCCUCCAUCUGGGAAGGUUUGAACGGCACAGACGUAGAGUUGGGUUCUCCUUUGAGGCCCCAACAUCUGGACCCACCCCAUGGUUGGGUAUUGAGGGUCAAGGGCGAGACGAGACUCGGCCCCACAGAUGGGGAGCGGACUAUGCACCCGGAGGCAGAAGAGCCUCUGGCAGAUGGGGCUCUGCUUGGUGGCCCUGGCUUGCUUGGUCUCAGGAGGCUUCCUCUACAACCACUGCCAGCAGAAGAUCAAGUUGGCCAAAGACUUGGCCCUGAAGUACAAGCAGCAACAGGAGGCCCUUUCGGCCCAACUGCAAGUUGUUUAUGAACACAGAUCCCGCCUAGAACGAUCCUUGCAGAAGGAGCGAGGAGAGCACAAGAAGACCAAAGAAGACUUCCUAGUGUACAAGUUGGAAGCUCAGGAAGCUCUGAAUAAAGAAAAGCAAGAUUCCAUGAAUAGAUAUGGCGCAUUGAGCUCUCAGCAUAAGAUCCUGAAGAACCAGCAUGACGAAGUCAAGAAACAACUGAUUGAUUUGCAGCUGCAGCACAACGUGCUGAAACUGGAGCAUCGCAAAAUCGUGGAGACCCACAACCAAAAAUAUGCCCAGCUGCAGCGGGAGAAGGAGAGUGAGGUCUUGGCUUUGCAGGAUACAGUUUACAAGCUGAGAGAAGAAAGCAAACUGCUUCGGAAGGCUCACCAGGAGAUCCAUUCACAACUUCUCAAUGCUCACGUUCAGAUGGAAGAGUUCAGGCAGCUCAAGGAAACCCUUCAAAAGAUGCCAAGUUUCAAGGAGAUGGCGGGGAUGAAAGGGCAGCAGAAGCCCCCCAUGCCAGCACUUGCCCCACUGCCAACUGUUAAGCCAAAGGUUUCGGUAGCUAAUGCCGCAAAAGCAUCUCUGAGCCCCUUGGAGAAGACUGGGAACUCCCUUUUCGCUCCGGCCUCUGACACCAAGCGCCAGGGAGGCGAAAACCUUCCUGAUGGCCAAGUCUCGUACAGAAACGAUGGUCCGAAGGCACAGGGCAGCAUGCCAUUGGGUCAAGUGGCUCCGCCGAAUGACGUCCAUUUGCCACCCGCGGCCUGGGCUCCUGCAGGGCAGAGGGACAACCCCAUCAUUCGCUUCACAAGGAUGGUGAAUAGUGUGCAGAACGGAAACACGGAUCACAAAUCAACGAAGGCAGAAAAUGAGGACAAUGUACACCCUGAUCACAGGAUUUCUCCUGCUUUGGAGGCAGCACAGACCUUGGGUAAACAGCCCUCCAUGGGAAGCGAGUGGGAUCCUGCCGUGCAAAGCUGGCAAGACACUGUGAAAAAAGUCAAUGCACGGAUGGAUGAGAAGCAAGCCCCUCCUUAUCCACAAAGCAUUCAUGAUCCAGUGGUGACAAAUGGCAAGCCAAAGAUGGCCGGUCAACACGAAAGUGCAGAGCGGUUACCGAUAUCCAGCUGGACGGAUGGAAAAGGAGGGAUGGAUAAUGAGGAGCUUCAAAUGGACGCUGGCAUAAUUGCAAGAGAAGAGGACCCACGUUCUUAUAAGGAAGUGAUUGCCCAUCGAUCUGCGGUGCCCGAUCGGGCUGCUGACCCUGCCCAGGACCCCAACAACCAAGGGGAAGAUGAGUUCGAAGAGGCAGAGCUGGAACGCCCGGACUUUGACGAGAAAGCCAAUCAGGCCGAUAACAAUGGCCUUGGCCCAACAAACGGAGCAGCAAAAGAUUCAACCAAGGAAAAGAUCCCAAAAGUUGAUGCUGCUGGACCUAAGAAAAUUUCAAAUGAUCUGAUGGAUGAUUAUCAAGAAGACGAGGAAGAAGACCUUGAAGAUCGUAGAGGUGAAGCCGACGAUGCAGAUGAUUUGGAGCUCGUCCCUGAGCAAAAAGACCGCACAGAAGGAGGCAACAGAAAGGACAACUACUACUGACUCAGAUACCAGCUUCUGCCAGGAGGCUAGAAAUAAACUUCAGGUGGUGGACCUGGGCCAAGUCUGUUGCAGAACAGCCAGAUUCUUAGCCUGAACGUUUCCAAAACGAAUUACGACGAUUGCCGCAAAUAUAUCUGUUUGCUUAUUUAACAAGUUCCAGGGUGAUAUAACGUCAAGCAGACUGGCUUCUGGAGUGUCAGGAUGCUUCUUCCGAACGGGACUGAUAUUUGUAAAGUAAGUGAGAUUUCCUCUUUGGACGACCUUCCACCUUUUCCAAUUGUGGUUUGGACUUGCCUGAUUUUUAUUGUUCAGCCUUUGCAUCUUUGUAUUAAACGGAAUCCUUUUGGUAAA